UGGCGCAGCUAGGUAAGUUGCGCGCGGCAUGAAUUGAAGAGUGAAAGGAAGAUGAGGGUGGCGGAGGAGGAGAAAGCAGUGUUGGAACAAGUGUUCGGGUCGUCAUCAUCAGAAGAAUGUGAUUCUGAUGGAUACAGCGAGAGCGAGAGCGAGAGCGAGUGGGAGCCCAUCUCAGAAGUGAAUGGCCUAUGGCUGUGUCCUCACUUCCUCUCUCCUCGCCGCCAGUCUCACAUACUCUCCUCCAUCCAAGCCGACAAUUGGUUCCCCUCCCCUUCCAUCAACCAGGCCAUGCGCUUCGGCCUACAACACCUCCCUUCUUGGGCCACCCCUCUGGCCCACUCCAUUCGCCGCUCCGUCCAAGCCCAGGCCCAAGCCCAAACCCACCCACCGCCCUUCCCCCUCCACCUCCUCCACAGAGAACCUCUCUUCGACCAGAUGAUCGCCAACGUCUACCAGCCCGGCGAAGGAAUCUGCGCCCACGUCGACCUCCUCCGCUUCGACGACGGCAUCGCCAUCCUCUCUUUAGAAUCUUCCUGCGUCAUGCACUUCACUCCCCUCUCUGGUUCCCUUUCCGUUCCCGUUUUGCUCACCCCUGGUUCCUUGAUUCUCAUGUCCGGAGAAGCACGCUACCGUUGGAAACACGAAAUUAAUCGCGCACCGGAGUUUCAGAUAUGGCGCGCUCAACCAUUGACUCAAUCCAAACGCACCUCUAUCACCCUCAGGAAACUUUGCCCCUCCUCUCCCUGAUUCCACACUCAACCCUUUCUUUCUGUUAUAAUAAUUUCAAUGUUCUAUUAUUCAGCAUUCAAAACAAAUUUCAAUGUUCAAUACUAAUAAUAAUUAUAGUAAUAACAGUAACAUAUAUCUUAUCCAUCCAUCUA